AUUUUGAAGAAACCCCGGCCGCCUCCGACUGCUUCCGUUUACAUUCGGGUCUGUAGCCGAACGUAGCAGGACGAAGUGCCCUCGAGGAUUGAGGACACCUAACAUCCAAUUAUUCAUCCUACUACACGUAGUUGAAGCACAGAUGUCCAAUCAAGUCAGGCUGAGGCUGCUGCCCAGUGCCAGGUGUCUGUUCGAUGAGCCCGUCCAGGUGAAAGUGGCCGGUCUGAGGUCCAAGCAGGUGGUCACCAUGAGAGCCAGAUCCACAGACGAGAAGGGAGUGGUCUUCAGCUCCUCGGCCACCUACAGGGCAGACAGCAGCGGGGAGAUCGACCUGAGCAGAGACGCCUCCCUGAGUGGGAACUACGUUGGGGUCGAGCCCAUGGGUCUGCUGUGGUCUAUGAGGUUAGACGUCUUGCACAAGAGGUUUCAGAAGACAAACUCCCUGAAUCCCCAUGUGGUGAACUUCUCAGUGCAUGAAGAAGAGGGUAGGAUGGUGGCUGAGGCGACCAAUGAGAGGUUUCUGAUGGUAGACGGGGUCAGCCGAGUUCCCGUCAAACAGGGAAAUAUUCGUGGGGUGCUUUUUACUCCCCCAGGAGAAGGGCCGUUCCCUGCUGUGUUGGAUCUGUACACGUUUGGUGACGGUCUGUCAGAGAAAAGAGCCGCUCUGCUGGCCAGCCGAGGAUUCUUGGUUCUGACGGUGGUGCUGUACGGUCACGAUGACCUGCCCAAGAACAUUAAAGAAGUCCAUCUGGAGUAUUUUGAAGAAUCCAUCAAAUUUCUAAAGAACCAAGAUAAGGUGGGCAGUAAUGGAGUCGGCAUCAUCUCCCUUUCUAAAAGUGGAGAUCUCGCUCUGUCAAUCGCAUCGUACCUCCAAGGAGUCCAGGCUGUCGUCUGUAUCAACGGGUGCUCCGCUAAUGUAGCCUUACCCCUUUAUUAUAAGAAUAGACAGAUUCUCUCAGCAUUGAAGUUUGACAUCAACAAAGUGAUUUCCACAGAGUCUGGAGCCUUUAUCACCAAAUAUGCCAUGCAUGAUCCUCUGAAGGAGGAAAACAAGGCAUCCUUGGUGCCUAUCGAACGAGCAAGCGGACGAUUCCUGUUUGCAGCUUCAGAGGAAGACUUCAACUGGGACAGCAAGGCCUACAUGGAUGAGAUGGUGGACAGACUAAAGCGUCAUGGGAAGGAGAACUUUGAGAGUGUGAGCUACCCUGGAGCCGGACAUUAUUUAGAGCCCCCGUUUGGACCGUACUGCCACUCCAGCUUCCAUGGGGUCGCAGGUAUUCCGGUCCUGUGGGGAGGGGAGCCCAGGGCCCACGCUGCUGCUGAAGUCCAUCUAUGGAGGAAGAUCCAGGAGUUCUUCAGAACUCACUUAGACUGUGACAAAACUCAAACUAAAUCCAAGUUAUAGUGCUGCUGUCCUUUAAUCAAAAACAAGUCAAGAUAUCUAAAAAAGAGUUUUGGGCUGAAAGGAAGCCGUUACUUCAAAGACGAUGAGAAAAAAGGCAGAUUACAGUUUGAAAAUGCACAAUUAUAGCAAACCUUGACUCAAUCUGUAUAAACUCAUGUUUUUGAAAGCAAUUUAAUUUAAAAAACACUAUUGUUAUGCCAUUUAGAAAAUAGAAACAUUUCA